UGCGGCUGCUAACUUCUCACUCUCAAGGCCAGGCCCCGCCAGUGUCCUUGUCCUUUUCCCUACCUAGAACCGACUUCAAGUCCUUCUGAAUCCCUAUCACACCAUGCCGUGGACCUCCUCCGCCUACCUACGUCGCGUAACGCAACACAACCUCUCCGCCUUACGCAACAACCCGCUGGGCGAGCUGUCCGGCUCCCUCGGCGACCUGGGAACCCUCCUCCCGCUUCUCGUCGCCUUGACCCUCGCGCACAGCAUCUCGCUGCCUUCAACUCUCAUCUUCACCGGCGCAGCCAACAUCCUCACCGGCGUCUUCUUCGGGAUCCCGCUGCCCGUCCAGCCAAUGAAAGCCAUAGCCUCGGUCGCCAUAUCGCGGAGCUACACGCUGGAAGAAAAUGCGGCCGCGGGUCUGGGCGUGGCGGCCGUGGUGGGCCUCAUGAGCGUGACGGGUUUGCUGGGCUGGGCGUCGCGCAUCGUGCCCGUCCCCGUCGUCAAAGGCAUUCAAGUGGGCGCGGGGCUGAGCCUCGUCCUCUCCGCCGGCGACAAGCUGCUCAAGCCACUGGGGUGGACGGGCCCUUCGCCCGUAGACAACCUUCUGUGGGCGCUAGCAGCGGCGCUGUUCCUGCUGGCGUGCACGCGCGCGCCCCGCGUCCCCUACGCCCUCAUCGUCUUCAUCCUGGGCCUCGUCUUCGCGGGCAUCCAGCUGCGCAGCGCAGCGCGCGGCCUCGACGCCGCCAUUUCUCUGCGCAUCCCCCUCGUCGUCCCCCGCUGGUCUACCUUCGUGGCUAAGUUCUUCGAGGCCUCCCUCGGCCAGCUCCCCCUCACUACCCUCAACUCCAUCAUCGCCGUCACGCACCUCUCGGCCGACCUCCUCCCCCAAGUCCCCACGCCCUCGGUCGGCGCCAUCGGUGCCUCCGUCGCCGCCAUGAACCUCGUGUCGUGCUGGUUCGGCGCCAUGCCCGCGUGCCACGGCUCCGGCGGCCUGGCGGCCCAACACCGCUUCGGCGCGCGCAGCGGCGCAAGCGUCAUCGCGCUGGGACUUGCGAAGAUGAUCCUCGGGCUCGUAGGCGGCGAGCGCUUCGUGGCGCUGCUAGCACAGUUCCCCAAAGCGCUGCUCGGCGUCAUGGUGCUAGCCGCGGGGGUGGAGCUAGCGAAAGUCGGCGAGAGCCUGAACGCGGCCGGGGCGCGGGACCUGUGGGAGGAGGCGGAGCGCGAGCAGAGCGACAGCGACAGCAACGGCCCGUCGUUGCUGCUGCCCGGGUUCGGGCACACGAAGAUCUUCCGCGAGCCGGGCGAGGAGGAGCGCGGUGAGCGGUGGGCUGUCAUGAUGGUUACGGUGGCGGGGCUGCUGGCGUUCAGGAACGACGCUGUCGGCUUUGUGGCUGGCUUGCUGUGGCAUUGGGGGCUGCGGGUUAAGCGCGAGCCGGGCUGGUGGCGCAGGCUGAGGGUUGGGUGGCAGCGGAGGAGCGCGGGCGAUGAGGCUGAGGGCUUGUUGCAGGGCGAGUGAGCGCCGUAGUGAGUGGUGUGAGGGUCGUGUACAGAUUGUAUAGCGGAGGCCUGCUGUGGAGUGUGGGCUAUGACGUUACGAACUGUUCCUAGCUUUUUUAUGAAAGAUACUAUCACGACUGCAAUCCAGCAGUUCCACGA